UUUUAUAAGCAUACUUUACCCCUUUUCUUUCCCAUAUCAAUCUCAACUCCUUCGCUUCUCCUGCUGCUUUGGGAAGCAGAGCAAGAAAGAGAACCAUGGGGAGGGGGAAGAUCGAGAUAAAGAAGAUUGAGAACCCUACAAACAGGCAGGUUACUUACUCUAAGAGGAGGGCUGGGAUCAUGAAAAAGGCGAGCGAGCUCACGGUUCUCUGUGAUGCUCAGCUCUCCCUUGUUAUGUUCUCCAGCACCGGCAAGUUCUCCGAGUAUUGUAGUCCUACCACCGAUACCAAGAGUGUAUAUGAUCGUUACCAGCAGGUGUCCGGCAUAAAUUUAUGGAGCGAGCAGUACGAGAAGAUGCAGAAUACGUUGAAUCAUUUGAAGGAGAUAAACCACAACUUGAGGAGGGAGAUAAGGCAGAGGAUGGGCGAGGAUCUUGAAGGGCUAGAAAUCAAAGAACUGCGUGGUCUUGAGCAAAAUAUGGACGAGGCCCUAAAGCUUGUAAGGAAUCGAAAGUAUCACGUCAUCAGCACCCAGACAGAUACAUUCAAAAAAAAGUUGAAAAACUCUCAAGAAACCCACAGGAACUUACUCCGGGAGCUGGAAACUGAGCACGCCGUCUACUACGUGGAUGAUGAUCCAAACAACUAUGAUGGCGCGCUUGCACUUGGAAAUGGGGCUUCCUACUUGUAUUCAUUUCGUACCCAACCAAGCCAGCCGAACCUUCAGGGAGUUGGAUAUGUCCCUCAUGAUCUACGUCUCGCCUGAUCUCUUAUUAUCUGCAUGCCAACUGCUUAAUUAUAUCUAUGUAUCUGAUGUUCUUACGCUUACAAGUAGGGUCUAGCACUGCAAUUUAUAUACUGCUAUUUGAGUUCCUACUUGAUUUUAAUUCAUAGUUCAUGUUAUUCUGAUAA